AUGGACAACAUCGACGAGGAUUAUGACCGGCUCGUUGAACACCUUCACGAUUGCACGAAGAAGGCUGAUAGUUUUGAAACCGCCAAGAGACGCUUGUCUCUUAAAACUUUUGAGUUGAUACGCCAACGUGGAGCAGCGCGAGCCGCAAGGAACCAAGAACUCACGUCCGAGCUCGCAAGGCUUUGCAGAGAGGCGAUAAAGAAAGGCUUUAAAGAGAGAAGAGCAGAAGUGCUGGCUGAAGCUGCAGAGGCGGGGAAAAGCAUCCGCUAUGCCCGUCGAGACUUCGCCAGUCGCAAGACAAGGAUGACUGCUCUCCGGAACCCGAAGGGAACAACCAUUGCAUCGAGAAGGGGGAUGGAGAAAAUCAUCUACGACUUCUACUCCGAUCUCUUCGACAGCCAUGUCCACUUGCCUCCUCACCAUCUGAGGGAAGACGGACAUGUCAUUCCAGAGGUUCUCCCGUCCGAAAUACGACAUGCUAUCAUGUCGGUAAGGAAACGUACGGCACCAUGGUCCCGACAGAAUAAGACAAGAACACCUGAAGAACCUUCCGCCAAUACUCAUCAACACCCUGGCGAGGCUCCUUACACGUUACCUCUCGGAAUGCAAGGUUCUUAA